CCGGGGGUCCCAGCAGCACUGCAGCCUCUGCUGCGGCAGCCAUGGGGGCUGCAGCUGCGCGGGGAGCUGUGGCCCUGCUGCUGGCACUGCUGGCGCUGGGAGCCCACCCGGCUGCUGCUGAGGAGCUCUCAGAGGUGUUCCUCGAGAUGGUUAAGGCUGAGUGCCAGUUCCUGAAUGGCACCGAGAGGGUCAGGUUCCUGGACAGGUACAUCCACAACCGGGAGCAGUAUGCUCACUUCGACAGCGACCUGGGGGUCUUUGUGGCUGACACCCCCCUGGGUGAGCCCCAAGCCCAGUACUAUAACAGCCAACCAGAGAUACUGGAGGUGAAACGUGCUGAGGUGGACACCUUCUGCCGGCACAACUACAAGGCAGUGACCCCAUUCACCGUGGAGAGGAGAGUGCAGCCCCAGGUGCAGGUGCAUGCGGUGCGGUCGAGCUCCCUGCCCCCCAGCACCAGGCUGCUGUGUGCCGUGAUGGAUUUCUACCCCGCGGAGGUGGAGGUGAAGUGGCUCAGGAACGGGCAGGAGCAGACAGACAGCGUCGUGUCCACGGAGGUGCUGCAGAACGGGGACUGGAGCUACCAGGUGCUGGUGCUGCUGGAGAGCAGCCCGCAGCCUGGGGACACCUACGUGUGCCAGGUGGAGCACAGCAGCCUGCAGCACCCCAUCGCCCGGCGCUGGGAGCCGCCAGCAGAGCCUGGGCGCGGCAAGCUGCUGACAGGGGUGGGGGGCUUGGUGCUGGGGCUCCUCUGCCUGGCCCUGGGGCUCUGCCUGCACCUGCGCAGCAAGGCCUCCUGAAGCAGCUGCUCCUGCCCCUGCUCAGCCCCCAGCCAGACCCUGCCUGCAGCCUCAGCGCUGCCCCUGCAGCCCCUGCUGCUGCCCCCCAGCCCCACGCUCACCCCAGUCCCUCUGCCCCAGCCCAGCCUGACUCUGCCUGCUCAGCGGCCCCAAGCCACUCAGGCAUGCAGCUGUGGCUUGAGUCAAGAGGCUCCUGCAUGGCGUGAAGAGACUCCUGCAUGGCAUAAAGAGGCUCCUGCCUGCAAUAAAGAGACUCCUGCAUGGCAUAAAGAGGCUCCUGCCUGCAAUAAAGAGGCUCCUGCCUGCAACCCAAA